UAGUGGAAAGUGACGGGUGCCGCCGAGGCUCAUUGUCUGUUGGUGCAGGAGACUAGCAAGAGAACGCUAGAGCUUGAGAAGGAUUUCUGACUGGAGUCCUCUCUACGACACCAUGGAUAACACUGGCAAGGAACGAGAGGCCGUGCAGCUAAUGGCCGAGGCGGAGAAGAGGGUCAAGUCAUCGCAGUCGUUCCUUAGGGGUCUCUUCGGUGGCAACACAAAAGUCGAAGAAGCCUGUGACAUGUACGCCAGAGCAGCCAACAUGUUCAAGAUGGUUAAGAAUUGGAGCGCUGCAGGAAAUGCAUUUUGUCAGGCGGCCAAACUCCAUAUGCAGCUACAAAGCAAACACGAUGCAGCGACAAGUUUUGUAGAUGCGGGAAAUGCAUACAAGAAAGCAGAUCCUCAAGAGGCCAUCAACUGCUUAAACGCAGCCAUCGAUAUUUACACAGACAUGGGGAGGUUUACAAUUGCUGCAAAGCAUCAUAUUACAAUUGCGGAGAUAUACGAGACUGAGCUGGUAGACAUUGAAAAGGCAAUUGCACAUUAUGAGCAGUCCGCGGAUUACUACAAGGGGGAAGAAUCAAACAGCUCUGCUAACAAGUGCCUCCUGAAAGUAGCUGGAUAUACAGCACAAUUGGAGCAGUAUCAAAAGGCUAUUGAAAUAUAUGAACAGGUUGGCGCAAGUGCAAUGGAUAAUCCUUUGCUAAAGUACAGCGCAAAAGAAUAUUUCUUCAAAGCCGCCCUCUGCCAUUUUAUUGUAGAUGAACUAAACGCUAAGCUGGCAGUCGAGAAGUACGAAGAAAUGUUUCCUGCGUUUUCAGAUUCUAGGGAAUGCCAACUUUUGAAGAAAUUAUUAGAGGCCCAUGAAGAGCAGAACUGCGAUGCAUACACCGAGGCAGUUAAAGAAUUUGAUUCAAUAUCUCGCUUGGAUCAAUGGCUGACCACUAUGUUACUUCGUAUAAAGAAAUCAUUUCAAGGAGAUGUUGAUGGAGACCUGAAAUGAAGUGAAGUAUAUACAACAAGCCCACCUUCCCAUUUUGUUUUUUUAAUAUAUAUAUAUAUAUAUAUAUAUAUAUAUUUAUUUUGGUUUCCCGAAGAUAUUCCUUGUCAUUUUUGCAGAUUCACAAUAACUGAUAAUGCAACACAGUGUGUAAUGUGUCCUGCAGACAUUUAUUAUUUUUGGGUCUGAAAAGCUGUUAUUGAGAGAUUAUUAGAGAAUAUUACAUGUUUGUUUGAAUAUCUUAUUUACUACAUAAAAUAAGUUAUUCAUUAAUAAUACAUAAAAUAAUAUACUACAAAUAAUAAAUACAACGAAAAUUUAGGCAGUUUUCCCAUAUGGUGGCCACAAAUAACCAUCUACAGGUCCAAAUUGUUUAGGAAGCCUGUAAGUAAACCUAUGGUUCAUGUCUCAGUUUGUGACUGCAUUUAAAGCAGUGGGUGCAGACAUUCUUGAGACAAUGAGUGUUUAGAUAAAAAAGCCAAAAAAACUAAGUAGCUACUUCUGAAUAGUAUAUACUUCUGGUUUAUUCCCUAUAACCUUGUUUUGUUUAGAGCUUUUUCUUUUGAAACAUUGAGUGUAUUUUCUUAAUAGACAAAUCAAUGAGUUGGGAUGUUACUGUAGAAGACGUGUGAGCAUAAAUGUUCACCUGGCCAGCUAGGACCAGCUUAUUAAAUUCCUGCAAAAGCCAACAGUACUGAUAGCAGACUUUGCUCACAGUUUAAAUGGA